AAUUUAACUGAAUGAAGAACACAUUUUAAUCCAUAAAAAAAAAAAACACGAUACACAGAUAAAUGUUUGUUAGGUUUCUUCUAACCUUAAUUUGUUGUCUAGUGUUAAUAUUUUUAAUUUUUGGUUUUAAAAUACCUAACAGUGCACAUAACUUCAUUUUUAUUUAUGUCUGCUGAAAUAAAUGGGUAAUAUUACAUUGCACAUUAUGGUCAGUAAAACAGUAGCCUACUUAAUAAUAGCCAUUUCACCAAAUACUUUGUUACUUUUACUUGUGUCGUUUAUUGCACAGUCACUUACUAAAAAUAUAUUGAGGAGGGGGUGGGGUAAAACCGGUAAACACAGUAAAACCAUAAAGCUUUGGUUAAUGAAGAAUUAGCCCAGUUCAAACAAAACACGUUGAUUCACACAUACCGUAUCAGGUCAGCUCCCCUUCGAAGCUGGUCAAAGCUCGAGCUCUCCUCUUCCAGCUUGUCCUUUCUGGCAGCACGCGCUGCUCUUCUUGAUUUUUAUUGGCUGUUGGCUCUGCCGUUCUUCUCAAGAACGUUAACAGUAGCGCUAGCAACUAAAGUAACUGUUGUUGCGCGCAACACGCUCACUAGUGCUUUCUACUCCCUGCCAUAUGGAGUCUCCGGUAACCGUAACAACGAUUUAUAGGAAACUUUUUUUUAAUUAUUCAUAAAACACUAAAAUCGGGGACUUUUCCGGGGACGGCUUCAGCCGGGGACAGGUCACCUAAAACGGGGACGUCUUUUCACCCUACAGUAAACCCGCUUACCGACCUGCUGCUCCCAACUCGAGCGUCAGCAGAGCGGCGCGUCUAAACCGAGUAGUAUUUAGGACCAAAUCAAGAGAGAGGCAUGUUACCCCGCGACGUGGGGAACCAGAAGCCCUGCCGCGUUUCAGAGCCGUUUGACAGUGGAGACCGACCCACGGUCCCGCCGCGGCGCUUCAAGAACCGGGACUUCCCUCAGAACGCAAAGCGCCGCUGGUCCGGUUCCACUCCUGAGCGCAAAGUGAACUGCGUCCUGGUCGGAGACGGAGCCGUGGGCAAGACCAGCCUCAUCGUGAGUUACACCACCAACGGGUAUCCCACGGAGUAUGUUCCCACGGCGUUUGACAACUUCACCGUGAUGGUUGUGGUUGAUGGGAAACCAGUCAGGCUGCAGCUGUGUGACACCGCUGGACAGGAUGAAUUGGAGUGCCUCCGGCCGCUCUGCUACAGAAACGCCGACGUCUUCCUCCUCUGCUACAGCGUGGUGCGCCCCUGCUCCUUUCGAAACCUCACCAACAAAUGGGCCCCAGAGAUCCAGCAGCUCUGCCCCGGCGUUCCCCUGGUUCUGGUCGGCACCCAGCUGGACCUGAGAGAAGACGUGCAAGUUCUGAUCCACCUGGCGCAGAACCAGCAGCGGCCAGUGAGCUCAGAGGAAGGCCGCAGGCUGGCACUGGAGCUCGGAGCGGUGGGCUUCACAGAGUGCUCAGCGCUGACCCAGAAGAACCUGAAGGACACGUUUGAUGGCGCUAUCCUAGCUAGCUUCCAGCAGAUGGACAGUAAUGUGAUCCAGCAGCAGAGGAUGACUCUGAGGAAGAAAACCCCUGAUAAGAUUAAGAGUCUAUCUGAGGCAUGGUGGAAGAAACUCAACUGUCUGAUCGGAGAGGGGAGCUGUGAAUUAAAAUAAGGAGCUGUAGUUAGAUGUUGUUAGCUUUUAAUUUAGCCAGCAGGGCAGUGAAGGCAUCUCACUAAACACAAAUCUUAAAAAGUAUUUUUAUAAUCUAGUUUCCAUUGCAAAUAUCUCAGUACAUUUGAAAUAAUCCAAAACGAACUUACAAGUAACUUCUUCUAUGAGCUUGUUUCAAGUCAAUAAUUCCUUAAAGGGGCAGCAUUAUCUAAAAUCAAAAUUUUUUAGCAUUACAUCUUAUUAUAAUAUUAUUCUCUCGUCAAACAAAGACCUGGAUAGUUGUCUUGAUUCUUUCACACAUGUUUGAGAAAUCCUUUAAUCUCCAUGGCAACCAUUCAGCUACAAAACGCCUGGGUGGACUUAGCCCCGCCUUCGAGACGCAGCUCCGAGGAGGAGCUGCAGUUUCCAAGCUGAGUGAUUCCCCCACUCAGCUCCUUCAGACUAAAUCAAAAUCAAAUCAAAUUUUAGUUGUAUAGCACAUUUCAGCAGCAAGGCAUUUCAAAGAGCUUUACAUCGGACACAAAAACACAAUGCCACAUAGAAUCAACAAUCAAAACACAACAUUAAGUCAGGUUCCGUCAAUAAAUUUUUCAAUUGAUUACGUUUCAAAUACAACUCUAAACAGGUGGGUUUUUAGUUGAUAGUUAAAAGAAGUCAGUGUUUCAGCUGUUUUACAGUUUUCUGGAAGUUUGUUCCAAAUUUGUGGUGCAUAGAUGCUAAAUACUGCUUCUCCUCGUUUGGUUCUGGUUCUGGGAAUGCAGAGCAGAAGCAGAAGCAGAAGCAGAAGACCUGACAGUUCUGGAAGGUUGAUACAAUAACAGCAGAUCUUUAAUAUAUUGUGGUGCUAAACCAUUCAGUGAUUUAUAAACUAAUAACAGUAUUGUAAAAUCUAUUCUUUGAGCUACAGAGAGCCAGUGAAGGGACUUUAAAACUGAUGUUAUGUGCUCUAUCUUCCUGGUUUUAGUGAGAACACGAGCAGCAGCGUUCUGGACUAGCCAGCAGCAAUUAGCAAACACCUGGUUGAACUGCUCAUCUGCUGAGCUCAUUAUAGGAACUUCUUCUCAGUGCAAUGCUGGUAAAAAUGUUGCUAAAGCGUUAGUAGAGGAGCCAGGUUGUGAUGACUUCCUGAAGGAGGUUUUAAAGAGACAGAGACCCAAUUUCAAGGUGUUAAAUUACAAAGGAAAAUUUAUUUCAAGUCAUUUUUGAUGUAUACAUAAGUUUUUUUCAAGUUAACAUAGUUAUUUGAUUGUGCUACAAGGUGGCACUAUGUGCCUGGAAAACACAUAAUAAUUAUUUAAUAUUUAUUAAAAAGUACUAGUUGUAAAUUAAAUAAUCUACUGAAAAGUUACUGGUAAGUUAGUUUUGUCUUUUUUCAAGUGUAGUCAUAUAUUUGCAUGAGAACCUAGACCAAAAAUAAGAUUGUGUUUUUACAGUGCACUAACAUAUACCAUCCAUCCAUCCACUAUAGAAAAAUAUAGUAAUUCAUUUGUAUGUUUUUAAAUUUGUACGAAUUUUAGUCUGCAUAAAAGUUAGACUUGAACAAACGUAUAGGAAACCUUAAAAAUAAAAUAUUUAUAAUAUUUAUUAAUUUAUUUAUUGGAUGUUAUUUAUUUUUAUAUUGCCAGUAUUGACUGUGGCAUUUCUCAGAAUUCUUCAUAAAAGUUGAUUCACUCUGUUCAAAAUACGAUUUAUUUUUCACUUUAAUUGCACUUUGAAACAAUAAAAGAAAAUUCUGCA